UGUGGCUUUACUAGCAAACAAGCAAUGUCAUCUAAUGAACAAGAAAGGCUCUUCUGUUAUAAUGGAGAAGUCCUUGUUUUUCGUUUGUCUAAAGGAAAUUUUGUAGAUGAAGGGCCUACAAAAACACCUGUGUUACUACAUGUCAGAAGAAUGGUAUUUGACAGAGGAACAGGAGUAUUUGUUCAGAAAUCCACUGGAUUCUUUAGCAUAAAAGAAGAAUACUCUCAUUUAAAAAUUAUGGGUUGCGACUGUGUUUCAGAUUUCAGAACUGGAAUUAAUCUGCCUUAUAUUAUGAUACAGUGCAUUAAAGAGAGUAACAUUUUCAGAUAUUUUCUACUAUUUCUUCACAGUACCAAUAAAUUUGAAAAGCGUUUGAGUUUUGAACUACACUGUGAGUUGAAGGACAGCGUAAGGGUCCUUAAUGGCCCUUUAGUUUUAUGGAGAUGUGUCCAAACAUUCUUUUAUAUCUCUUCCCAAACUGGCAAAGUUGUUACUGUGUCCAUUAAGUUUUCCUCUAUUGAGUGGACAGGGGAGAUUGAAAAUGUAGGUAUGGUUUUGUUAGGACGAAAGAGAUGUUACUUAUCUGAGGAAGGAUGUAACCCACAGCCUUCAAAAUCAGAUUAUGCAACUUGGAAUACUCAAUUUUGUGUAUACUCCCUUGAAAGGGGAGAAGUAAUAAGUGAUACAUACAUUAUCCCUCCUGCUUAUACCAGUGUGAUAACAUGUGUGCAUGUCUGUGCAACUGAGAUUGUCAACAAGCGGUUAAGAAUGUCUCUGAUUGCUCUUACUCAAAAGAAUCAGCUGAUUUCAUUCCAAAAUGGGACUCCUAAAAGUGUGUGCCAGCUUCCAUUUGAAGAUCCUUGUGCAGUUCAACUUAUGGAUUCAGGUGGAGGAGACCUCCUUUUCGUCAUAUUCUUUAGGGCCAGUGAUGCUUGUGCUGUUUGGGAAAAGAACUUUCAGGUUGCUGCUAAGUGGGAGAAAGUUAGCUCAGUGCUGAUAGAUGACUUUCUUGGAACUGGAACUGAACAAGUACUGCUACUUUUUAAGGACCCCUUGAAUUCAGAUUGCCUCAGUUCCUUUAAAAUAACAGACCUGGACAACUUAAACUAUUCAAGUGAAACAUUGGAUUACAAUGAAGAUGACUUAUUUGAUGGCAAAAAGAAUUAUUUGGUGGUUCCACCUCUGGAAAGAAGAUUGAAAGUUGGUUUGGUUUCUGUUCAGGAAUUACAGCAACAUCUCUUGCUUAAGGAAAAAAUUAUUUCAAAAUCUUACAAGGCUUUAAUGAACCUGUUUCAAGGGAAAGAUGAUAGUACAUCAAGUGCACAGGAGGAAUGUCUUGCCACUCUUUGUGGUGAAGAAGAAAAUCCUGUCUAUACCUUUGAUGAAAAGUUAUCAGAUAAUUUUCAAGAUUCAGAACAGCUAGUAGAGAAUAUAUGGUAUCGUGUAAUAGAAGAUAGCUUGGUUGUUGGAGUGAAAACCACAUCUUCUUUGAAGGUGUCCCUGAAUCAUGCGACUUUAUCGCUGUCAAUGGAUCAAGCCCCUAACUCCAGCUUUCUGCUCAUUAAGUGUCAAAGUAGGGUGAUCAAGUUGAGUAGGAAAUGUUCGCCAGUACCAAGGUCAGUGCCAUAUGAAAUAGGAUCAGAGGUAAAAAAAAUCAAGUUGAGUGUUGAUAGUGAGGAAGAAGGGAAAGAGGAAAGCAUUGUUUGUGUACAACCAUCUGAGAAAGAGUAUGUGCAGAUGAUUACUGCUGUAACAUCUCUUUCGCCACUUUUAGCAUUCAGUAAUUUUUGCUGCAUUGUGCUGCUACAAAUUAGAGAGAGAGAGAAUGAUAACCAUUCUGCAGCUCGUUAUGUUCAGUGUGGCAGAAUUUUUUUAAGUCUAGAAGAUCUUUCAAGUGGGAAAUACCUGCUGACAUUUCCAAAGAAGAAACCUAUAGAACACAUGGAAGAUCUCUUUGCGCUUCUCGCGGCCUGGCAGAGAACUUGUUUUCAAAUCAUAUCACCCAGCUAUGCUCUGAAUUCAAUGAAGGUAUGGCUCUUAGAACACAUGGAAUGUGAAGUUAUCAAAGAAUUUCCAGAAAUUUGCUUUUGCAAAAGGCCAGGAAGCUUCUAUGGGACACUCUUCAACUGGAAACAAAGAACACCAUUUGAAGGGAUUUUAGUAGUCUAUUCCAGGAAUCAAACAGUUUUGUUCCAGUGCCUUCAUAAUCUCAGCAGAGUUCUCCCUAUAAACAGUUUCUUCAAAAAUCUAAAAUUAGGAAGUGAGGAUUUCCUACUUGGUCAUUUAGCAUUAGCUUUGGAGAAGGAAUUGGUUACCCUUGGUUCUUUUUCUUCUGCCUUAGUUAAGGUUGAAAGCAACUUGGUGCAGAAUUGUGAAGCAAGCAGUGAAAAGAGUAGUGGUGAUGUGGCUGCUUUAUCAGACACAGAGGAAAGCAUCCAUCGCUACAGAAAAGAACUUCAGAGAGAAAAAAAGCAAAUGUUGGGGACAAACCUAAAAGUGAGUGGUGCCCUUUACAGAGAAAUGACUUUGAAAUGCGCUGAGAUUCAGCUGAAAUCAGACCUUGCUGCCCAGAAAGUGACUGAUUUAUAAUUACAAUCUCAGCUUGGUUAUAUUUUAGAAUAUUUUUCCCUGCCAGAAUGUU